AUGGCCACCGCACCGGCGGUGGCUGCCGAGGACGACGGCGGGCUGGGCGGCAGCGGCGCCAGCAACUUUGGCUUCGAGGAGCGCCCUUCCUUUGAGGAGUUCUGGAAGCGCAGCAAGGAGACGCAUCGCGCGCGGGGCAAUGUUACGUUUCUGCCCAGCGUCGGCGUGGGCGCAGGUACCAGCAGUAGUGAAGACGCCUCUGCAGCAGCUACGCAAGAGCAGAAACAGGCAGACGACGCCGCGGCGAGAGCCAAGGCGCACCGCCGCGCCCAGGUCCGCAAGGCACAGCUGCAGCAUCGGCAGCGCAAAGCCAACUACACUAAGGAACUCGAGAUGGACAUUGCACGCCUGCGCGAACAGAUCGACCAGACCGAGACCGAGAGCCGGGCCCUCAGGACCGAGAAUGACGCUAUCAGAAAGCGUCUGUCGAGAAAGGCCGUUGCAUCGGGAGCGGUCAGCCUAUCAGCGGCAUCAUCUCCAAGAUCGGCAUCCGUGAAGACCGCUGUAGAAGUGCCGGCAGUGGGAAACUUCGAUUUUGACUUUGAUAUUGACUGGAACUUGGAUAUGACCACAAGCAUGCUGGGUGUAGUUGACGCACUACCGCCGACAAUUGACAAAGAACAGAAUAGCGUUAUGUGGGAACCGGAGUAUAUGGUCAGCAUGGAAAUGAGUGAUGUGCUACAGACACCAGCAUACAAAGUCUCGAAUGCGACGAGCCAAGCUGCUGGAGCGGAGUUACCCACCACUGGAAGUAUUUUAGGGGUCGAGUCCACCCGAACAACAGCGGCGACUGUAACAACUCAGGACGCGAUGCGGACACUGGCUGGCGGAUUGACACAAGAACAGACAGCGCUGGUCAUUAACUUCAUCCUUGCCCUCGAGCACAUCUGCUGGAGCCAUUUCGACCACUCUUGCUACACGCACGAAUCAUACGACCCAGAGGCCGCCGCAAAUGGGCACACACUGAUGGCGACCUCGAUGGCGCUGCAGCACGCACCCCCGACCGUCUUCACGCGCAUCAACGAGACCAAAGCCGCGCUCAAGAGCCACCCGCAUGCUCAGCCGCACAUGCACGGCAUCGAGUGGCGCGCCGGGGGCCUGACGCUCGACGGGCUCUACGGGCUCGCCGCGGCGCUGAACCCGCCCGACCGCGAGCUGACGCCCGUCCAGGCCUGGUUCGAGGUGGUGCGCCUCUACGGGCCCGACCUGGCCCUGGACCCGGCCGUGCUGGCGGCGCUGACGCGCGAGUUCGCCGGCGUUGUCAAGUGCCUGCACUUCGGGGCCGUCAUCGAGCGCGAGGCGUUUGAUAGCGUCGUGGCGAGGGUCGUGUGGGGGAGGCUCGAAAGCCUGGGUGCGUUGGCUCGGCCAGGGGCGCCGUUGGGCGGCCUGGGGGUCUCCGGGUAG